UCUGUGUUUAAUCUAUCACAUUAUGCGUAAUUAAUGAUCAGAAUUUUCUAUUUCUGUCAUUGAUUUUUUUUCUGUUAGCAGAGUAAUUGACUUGAUUUAUGUCAGUUAAAACCUUGAAAUGGAGGUCUAAUACUGCCUUUUGGUGCUUGUUGAAUGUCUUCACAGACCCAAAUUAUUUCAAGUUUGUGUUAAAUGCCACUGAAUUUCCAUCAGAGGACCACUAUAAUUAAAUUGUUGUUGGAGAAGGCACCACUGGUUGCCCAUUGGCAGCAACAGUGUCACAGUCGUAUAGAGUUCUUUUACUUGAACGUGGUGGCGUUCCUUUAGGAAAAUCCAAUUUGAUGAGACAAAAUGGCUUCUUGUCAACACUAAAUGAUGUGGAUACCUUCGAUUCACCUGCCCAAGCCUUCACAUAAGCGGAUGGUGUCCCUAAUGCAAUUCUUGGUGGCAGCAGUGCCAUAAAUGCUGGAUUUUAUAGCCGAGCUGGCCAAGCCUUCUUUCGGGAAUCAGGCGUGGAUCGGGACCUCAAUGUUGUGAAUCAGUCCUAUGAAUGGGUUGAGAAGGCAAUUGUGUAUAGGCCAGACCUUAGGAACUGGCAAUCCGCCGUUAGAGAUGCUUUGGAGGCUGGGAUUGAACCAUAUACCGGUUUCAAUCUAGAGCAUGUGGUUGGCACAAAGAUUGGCGGCUCAACCUUUGACAGUUCGGGGAGGAGACACAGCGCUGCUGAUCUUCUUAACUAUGCAAAUGCAGUCAAUAUUCAAGUUGCUGUUUAUGCAAGUGUGGAAAGAAUCCUGCUGGCAUCCACUUCUCAAUAUCCAAGGUCUCGAGUGUCAGCUAUUGGAGUGGUUUAUCGUGAUAAGAGAGGAUGAUAUCACCAUGCGAUGGUGCGUGAAAAAGGUGAAAUGAUGCUAUCUGCUGGUGCCAUUGGGAGUCCACAGUUACUUCUUUUAAGUGGCAUUGGCCCAAGGUCUUACCUUUCUUCUAUGGGGAUUCCAGUGGCUUACCAUCUUCCAUAUGUGGGCCAAUACCUCUAUGAUAAUCCUCGCAAUGGGAUCUCAAUUGUGACUCCAACGCCACUGGAGCAUUCACUGAUUCAGGUGGUUGGUAUUUCUGAGGUGGGAGCUUAUCUUGAAGCAGCUUCAACAGUUAUCCCCUUUGCAUCCCCUGCCCAAGGUGUUUUUAUUAGGACACCUUCAUCACCUUAAUUAUAUCUCACAGUGGCCACCCUUAUGGAGGAAAUUGUUGGGCUGCUCUCAAUCGGGUCACUAAGGCUGGUUUCCACAGAUGUUAGAGCACCAUAUGGCAUUACCAUGGGGGAUGUGUUGCGGGAAAGGUGGUUGAUCGUGAUUACCAUCUAAUUGGUGUUGGUGCACUUCGAGUUGUUGAUGGCUCGACAUUGACCGUGUCGCCAGGGACCAAUCCCCAGGCCACUCUAAUGAAGCUUGGGAGGUAAUUGUUUGCUUUUAUCACUGUCCUCAGUAGUUACCUUCGGGUGUUAGUGUAAGAAACUCUUUAUUUUGGUUUAUUCUGACAUAUAUCUUGGGCUAAAGAUAAUCAGGGAGAGACGAUGACAUUUUAUUGAUUCAUUUUCCUGAGCUGAGAGAACUUUAGCAUGCUGAGCAGCCAGUUUCUGUCUCUGUGAUCUACCGGGUUUUCUUUUUAGCUAUGAAAUCCCUGUAGAUACAAUGGAUAUUAUUACUAAACCAGCCAUCGCACGGUGUGAGGGAGGUUCUUGUACUUUUCAUGUAAACCAUAGUGUAAUAGGAUUAUCUGUUUGUAGCUGGUCUAGUUCUUGACUGAAUUCUUCAAUAAAAGAAAUGUUGAUUGGCAACUGAGCUGUGGAAA